AUGUCACCACCUGCCUUUGCCACACACUGGCCACCACCCUGCAUCACCCCACAGGGCCAAAGGCGAAGUCAGAAGCAGCCAGAGCACCCCGCCGGGGACAAGGAACUUGGUAAACGUUCCCAAUCCUUGGGGAAAACCAGCACCCCUUGGAAACGAGGGCACGCCCCCGCCGGAGGGAUCCGGGUGCAGGCGUCCGGAGGGCUCCCAGCCGCGCCGUCGGAGCUGCCCGCGCGGCCCCGCCCGCUGGGCGCACGGAGCGGCCAGGGCGGGGACUACAAGUCCCGGCGUGCUGUGCGCGCGUCCCCCCCUGGGGUUCCGGAUGGUGAGCGGCGAAGCUGCCGGGCGCCGCGUCGCUGCCGCCGCCGGAAGACAGACGCCCCCAAAAGCCCCUUCCCUGGCUCGGACCCACGGAGCCGGCAGCCCAGCACUCCGGAAGGAGCACUAAGACCAAGAGGGAUUGCGCAGCUGCAGGACACAUGGCCCUGUCUUCAGAAGCCCCAGUCUGAGAGAAGCACAGCCUUGGCCUUGGGAGCCCUCAAACCCAGAGAUGGGAGUUUGCCUGCUUGUCUGCCCAUCAGCCUGGACCCCAGAGCCUGCCCAGCUAAGUGCGUGCAGAGGGCCCCGGGUUCGGGGCAACUCUCAGGCUGCCGCGGAGACCACCCUGGAAUCACUGGUGAAGACUGGCCUGUCUUGCUGAGCUGGGCCUGUCUGCACAGCCUGCUCAGGGCACAGGUGGAAACCAGAGUGCCUGAUGUGUGCAGCCCACCCCCAGGACUGAAAUCUGUGGACGCAAGAGCUGGGCCGCCAAGGCGAGGUGCUGAGAGAACCCAGUCGUUCAGGUACGCCAGGCUGCCCAGCCAGGAUGAGGUGGAGCAGGGGGCAGCACCCGCCUCCCUGCUCCUGGCCCACACUAGCCCACCCAGGCUCAAGAGCCACAGAGGCCAGGUGGGGCUGCCCUGCCCUGCCCUGCAGAGGCAACUCCCUGAACUGACACAUGAAGCCUCCAGGCUCCAGGAAGCUCCCCAGAGCCCAGCCUGCCUGGGGACUCCACCCAACUUCCAAAAGAGCAUUCCUGGGGCCUGAGGUCUGGGGGUGGGGCCUCCUGGGAUUGUAAGGGUGGGGAGGUUCAGUUGUGGGAGGAUGCAGGGCUGUGUACCCACAGUAAAAGUGGCGGGCAUCUUGUGUACAAGCACACAGGUGUGCGUGUAAGCUAGUGUGUGGGGGGCUCUAUCCUUACGUGUGCAAGGUUCUGGAUACCAGAGUUAUUAUAUAAGUGGACUGAGCUGGGGGUGUUGGAGGGUUGUGUAUAUAGCACAUUGGAGUGAGGGGUAUGCAGGAUUCCGAGUGUGUCCUGGGCAGGUGUGGGAAUACUGGAGUGUUGUGUGUGCCACACCGGAUGGUGUAUGUGUACAGGGUGUCAGUCUACACUGGGGAGGUGUGUAGACAAGAAUCUGAACACCCUGGGAUGAUAGGUGGGUUCGCUGGAUGGUGUGGUGUGUGUACACAUUGGGUUCUCUCCGU